AUGCCGCAAAUGUUGCCAAAAUCCACCUUAUUACGAUCCCAAGUAGGUCGUCUUCUGACACUUUCACCAAAGUCACGGAAUGUCCUCACAAAGCUAUCUUUGGCCACACCCCAAUCAUCGCAACUUCGAGGAUUCACAUCGCAAUCGCAAUUGAUGGCUCCUGCAGCAGCAACUUCCGCCUCGCUCAAUUUCUUCCAAAACAAAUCCUUACCUGCCAACACCGUGAUAAAGUUUGUUCCUCAACAACAAGCAUGGAUUGUUGAACGAAUGGGAAAGUUUCAUCGUAUAUUACCACCCGGGUUGGCAGUCUUGAUUCCAGUGUUGGAUAGAAUCACCUAUGUCCAAUCAUUAAAAGAGUCAGCCAUUGAGAUUCCCACCCAGAGUGCCAUCACUUCAGAUAAUGUGUCCUUGGAAUUGGAUGGUGUCUUGUAUGUCAAAGUUGUCGAUCCGUACAAGGCCAGUUAUGGCGUUGAAGAUUUCCAAUUUGCCAUUAGUCAAUUAGCGCAAACGACAAUGAGAUCAGAGAUUGGUAAUUUGACAUUGGACGCAGUUUUGAAAGAGCGUCAGCAAUUGAACACCAACAUCAACCAAGUGAUCAAUGAAGCCGCCAUGAAUUGGGGUGUGGAAUGCUUGCGUUAUGAAAUUAGGGAUAUUCAUCCACCUCAAAAUGUGAUUGAGGCUAUGCAUCGUCAAGUCAGUGCCGAGCGUAGUAAACGUGCUGAAAUUUUGGAGUCUGAAGGUACUAGACAAAGCAGGAUCAAUAUCAGUGAAGGUGAGAAGCAAAGUAUCAUUCUACAAUCAGAGGCUAAUAAGCAGGAACAAAUCAAUUUGGCGUUGGGUGAAGCUGAAAAGAUUAAGUUGAAAGCUGAGGCUACUGCUAUUGGCAUUCAAAGAAUUGCUCAAGCUAUUAAAGAUACCCCUGGUGGUGAUGCAGCUGUGAAUUUGCAAGUUGCUCAAGAGUAUAUCAAGGAGUUUGGUAAGUUGGCCAAGGAGUCAAACACUGUGGUUAUACCUUCGAACGUGGGUGACAUAUCCAGCUUUAUGGCUCAAGGAUUAUCGAUCUAUAAGAACUUGAAUAAGGAGGUAAAGUAG